AUGGUGUGCCGGAUUUCAGUUUUUCAUUCACCGCUAUUUUGGCCUAUAUUAUAUUGCCUGAUACCGGUGGUUUUACCAGCUAUAUUAGAUUUAAAUUGGGGGAGAAGCGAUAAACUUAUGGGAAAUAUACCAUGGCUGCCAUUUGAAAACGAAACAAGAUGUUACGAUGAACUCGGUUGCCUCAACGUUACAAGAGAUUGGUAUCAUCUCAUAUACAGGCCUUUCAAUGUGUUUCCACUUCCGAGACAAGUCAUCGAUACGAAGUUUAUAUUGUACACGAGAAAAAAUCCAACGCAGGGUCAAUUGCUUCUACCGCAGAGGAACACGACCAUAUACAAAUCAAAUUUAGAUCCUAAAAAAGACACCAAAGUUAUAAUUCAUGGAUUCAUUGAUACACCGCUUAGUUCGUGGGUGAAGGAAAUGAGAAGAGAGUUAUUAAAACAUGCAGACUGGAACGUGAUUGUCGUAGAUUGGGCUGGUGGUUCUUUGCCAUUAUAUACUCAAGCAACAGCAAAUACAAGAUUAGUAGGAUUGGAAUUAGCAUACCUUAUUAAUUAUUUAAAGGAUCAUUAUAAAUUGGAUCCGAAGAAAGUUCACAUGAUUGGACACAGUUUGGGAGCACAUACGGCUGGUUAUGCUGGUGAAAGAAUAGAAGGUCUUGGUAGGAUAACUGGUUUGGAUCCAGCAGAACCUUAUUUUCAGGGAUUGCCAUAUUUUGUUAGACUCGAUCAUACGGAUGCUGAUUUAGUUGAUGUUAUACACACAGAUGGGAAAAGUUAUGGAAUGUCGUUACCUUGCGGGCAUAUUGAUUUUUUUCCUAAUAACGGCAAAGAACAACCUGGCUGUGAUUUAGCCGAAACACCACUUCCUCUAACAUUAAUACGUGAUGGUAUCGAAGAAGCCAGUCGAGUACUCGUUGCUUGCAAUCACAUAAGAGCCAUAAAACUUUUCAUUGAAUCAAUUAAUAGUAAAUGUCCAUAUGUCGCUCAUCAAUGUGAAUCCUACGAAAAAUUUUUAGAAGGACGUUGCUUUCACUGUCGUGAAAAUUCAAGCACUUGUGCAAUUAUGGGUCUUCGUACAUCAGAAUCAUUGAAAUUACCACCUCCUGGUUCGAAAUAUUUUAUAACGACAGGAAAAGAUCAUCCCUUUUGCAGGAGACAUUAUAAAAUUACACUGGAAUUAGCCAAACCACCGAAAGCUGAAGAUUGGGUACAAGGUUAUAUGAAAAUUUCAAUGCAUAGCAAUAAUGGAGUUAUUAGAAAUUUAGAUUUGACGCCAUCAGGUUACAUAAGAUUACAGCACGGUACUUCAAGGUCAUUUGUCGUCUCACACCCCGUAGAUACGAGAAAAGUGAGAAAAGUUGAAUUUUUUUGGGAAUAUGACAUGAAUGUUCUAGAACCUCGUUCGAUUUGCUUAUUUUGGUGUAACGAUCAUUUAUACGUGAGCAAAAUCGAAGUUUCCGAAAUGGACAGUUCAACGAGAACAAAACGUCAAGUUGAAACGACAAGCGUUUUAUGUGUUGCCGGUAAUAAAAAUUAUGCUGACAUUGCAUCAAGAUCAUCAGCACUUUUUGAUGACGUUUGUAAUGAAAGGUAG